CGCGCGCUUUGUGCGCGUUAUAGGUUGCGAGCUCGAUUCUACGCGGCGUAGACAAUCCCAGCGAUGUUGUUUCAUAUUGUGAUCACACUGGGAGUCCUCGUCCAGGUCGGCGUAUUUGCCACCGACGACCCAAUUCUGGAGCGAGCUUCUAACGGCACCUCCGUAGCACUGCUCACCGUGGCCUACCUCCAGCAAACCACCAUCUUCUCCGACGACAACGGGAUGCUACGCCGAAUCGCCUACGUAGAAACGAGGGACGGGGCCAGACUCAGCGGUAAUAUUUGGGCAGUGAGCGAGGAGGGGCUGCAAUUGACGCAGGCCUCCGACCAUCCGACUCUAAACGUCAAGCACAAUCUCAUUUCCCGAGAAUUGGAUAUAGACUGGAUCGCCGUGGAUUGGGAGGAACUGCAGCGACCACUGUACUCUGCCGUGGCAGCUCGUCUACUCCUCUUCCUCGCUCCGGAACGACUGCCAGAUGUGAGUGAUAUUGAUGGUCAAGCUGCGUUUUGGAAAAAGUACUACAACACAAAUGGAUCAGUGAGUGAAUUUACUGGAGCCUCUUUUGAAUUGGAAGGUAAUGUCCUGGAAAGUUACUCGUCAGAAUUCUUUGUGGCUUUUGGUAGAAAUGAUGCUAGUGGAAGAAAUACCCCAACUCUGACAUUGUUCAUUUCAUCCAUUGAACCAGAUCCCGUGCUAGUCACUGUCAAGACUCAUAGAGGAUUUAGCUUCUCUGGGUUCGCUACCAACAAUGAGACUUUGUCAGUGGAGUACCAAACACGUUUCAGGUUUUCUCAAGCAGCGAGCGAGAUAAAGGGAUACGGGUCACAGCUGAUGGCCAAAGCAGCAUUGUAGUUUACGGUUUGAACUACGCCCCUUCUACAUCUGCCGCUUUCCUGGCUCUCCCCUGCGAUCGCCUCCCAGUGGACCAGUAUGAAUACUAUGGUGUGUCAUACUCUGGUGGAAGCCAUGGACUGAGUCACAUUUUGAUUGUGGGCUGUGAGAAUGGCACAGUUAUUCAAAUAGGUUCACAGGUUAUUGAGAUAAACCAAAUGGAGUCUUACUUUUGGGAGAGUAAUAGUGUGACUGGAACAAGGGUUAUUUCCAAUAAACCACUGGUGAUGUAUGUUGGACAUAGAUGUACCGAUAUCCCUUAUUAUUCGAGUGCUUGUGACCACAUCACGGAGCAAGUGUCUCCAACUGCCGUAUGGGGAACUACUUUCAUGAGUUCGUCUUAUGCAGGCAGGGCAUCAGGUGACCUCUACCGCAUACUGGCAUCACAAAGCUCCACUUCAGUGACUGUCAACUGUAGUACUCUCAGUGAAGUGCUGACAUACAACCUCGACACUGCUGGCUCAUGGCAGGAAAUUACAACUCCUGACAAAAGCUUCUGUUCAAUAACAUCUGACAAACCCUUACUCGUGAUGCAGUUUGCACUGGGGAACAGUAAAGACGGGAUUGGAGAUCCGUUCAUGAUGAUGAUCACACCAGUCGAACAGUACAGUAACAACUAUGUUUUCAAUAUCUUGCCAGAAUUUGAAAUCAACUAUAUAACACUGUAUGUGACUCCUGAGGACUUUCAACCCGGAAGCAUAUUUGUUGAUGACGCAAACCUCGAGAAUUCCACAUGGGUUGCAGUUUACUGCUCCAGUGCAGAUAUUUGUGGAUAUAUAACAAACAUUUCUCUGCUACCUGGAGAACACCAACUCUAUCAUGCAGAUGUCUCAUCGCAAAUUGGUGUGUCUGCGUAUGGUUUCAACACUUUUAACUCGUAUGGAUACCCUGGAGGAUUGCAACUAGAGCCAGUUCAGUUGGCAACCGUCAGUUUCUCGCAGUUAGAGUUUACAGUGCUUGAAAACGAAGAGUUUGCAAGAGUGGAACUUGUGCGAUCCGGUGACAUUUCAAGGGAGGCAGUUGUUCUCAUUGGAACGAGGAGUGACUACAUGGCAAUAAUUGAAAUUCUGACGUUUCUCCCUGAAGAACUUACAAAGAGAGUCGAUAUUGUAAUAAACGAUGACACCAAUGUCGAGUUUGAUGAAAGUUUUUUUCUCUACCUCGUAAGUGGAGAAGGAGUCCAUCUCUCUCCGUUUCAAAGAGCUAAAGUGGUCAUUAGGAAUGAUGAUGGCAAAAUUACUCUCACACCUCGUUAUGGAAGUGAAAUUGGGGGCACCCCCAUCAUUGUAACAGCGGAUAAACUUGAAGCAUUUGAAGAAGAUAAUGUCACUUGUGUGUUUGAUGGAAUUAAAACUGAUGGAUUUGUUACAAAAGAUGGACUGGUAUUUUGUGUUUCACCCGAGUUGAGAAGAACUGGAAGAGUGCCAUUUGAGCUUCAUAUUGAUGGAGAUAAAAAUUCUUUUACUGGAUUUGCCAAAUUUAUAUCAGUUUCCCAUGACAAAGUUGCUGGAGUAAUGGUUGAGAAUGGCCCUGUUGUAGCUACUGGUGACAUGGUUAGACUUAGCUGGUCACCUGAAGCUAUUCUACCCACUGAACCACCUGAUAGCUACAACAUCAACGUUAUGCUCCGCGAGUAUGAUCAAGAGUCAGGUGAAUGGAUUGACACUGAAUUGGCCAAAGAGAUGCCCAACUCUGGGUUCAUUGAGAUUGCUGUUCCAGAGCGUGCUCCAAAGAAUGAUAAUGAAUCUGCAGCCCCUGCUGUUUUUCAGAUUGAAGUAAGUGAAUCGAGUACUGACACCCAGAUUCAAAAGCGUGGACUUUUCUCCACAAUCGCCAAAGCUGUUAAAAAGGCUGUCAAAUUUGUCACAAAAAAGAUAGAAGUAUCUCGUCUAUUUUUCAUCCCGGUAGUGACAAGUGCUUUCGCCAGAGAAGACCCAUUUGCGAGGGGAGAUCCUCACUUGAUAACACUGGAUGGACUGCGAUACACAUUCAACGGUCGUGGAGAAUUCACUCUUAUUGAAACACAAGGAGACAUGUUCACACUGCAAGGCCGUAUGACACUAGCCAAUGGUGUCAACAAAAGUGCAAUAGCUGCCACGGUCUUCUCAGCCAUUGCUGCCAAGGACAAUGAUUCCGACACUGUUCAGUUCGAAGUUGAUGAAAACAACACACUGAUUGCAAUCGUUUCCGGAGAACUCGUAGUGUUUGAUCUUGCAGAACAAGAGUUUGAAAAAGUGACAGUGCAACAUCUCGGCGAAAACUCUAUUGAAGCUCUGUUUGCCAGUGGAGCAUAUGUAGUGGCUGGGGCAGAGAAUGGGUUUAUAGCAACCCUCCAGGUGAUUCUGCCGGAAGCCUACUCUGGUCAGGUCCAGGGACUACUGGGGACCUACAAUGGAGACGUAUCAGACGACCUACUGCCUCAGUUUGGUGACAGACCACUCCCCCCUGACUCGAGCAUGGAAGACAUUCACACAAGUUUGGUGUAACAUGGAUUGUGGACAGUGCUACCAAGAGCCUGUUUGUGUACCAGCCAGAACAUAACUGGGACUCGUUCUAUGAUCCUUACUUCGUUCCAUCUUUCGAGCCAAAUUUCAGUGACCCAACUCUAGAGUCAAAAGCAAAUGAAAUCUGUGGUGACGACAGCUCUUGUCUCUUUGACAUUGCUGCUACCGGAAACAUUGAUGUUGGAAUUUCAACUUUUGAAAGUACAAAGACCAUAGACGAAAUUUACACUUUCCUACUUCCAGUUGUGUGCAGUCCUGGGUGUGAGUUUGGAGCCUGUGUUGCUAAUGACACAUGCAAGUGCUCAGAAGGAUACGCAGGGACAUCAUGCUCUGAAAAAGUUGUGCAGACUUGUGAGGAGAACAUCUGUGAAAAUGGUGGCAGUUGCACGAGGCACGUGAACGACUACACAUGUAUGUGCUCUCCUGGUUUCAGUGGCUUUCUCUGCGAGGAAGCUUUAGGUGAAAGCGACAAUGACGAAUCUGGGAAUACUGGAACAGUGGUUGGUGUUAGUGUGGUGAUAGUUUUACUGGCUCUCAUCUCUAUGACCGUUGUGGUGGUGAUAGUCCUGCGAAAUGCCCGUCAGAAUCUGAGGAAUUGUAAGUAAACAUUCAAUUCUAACGCAAGUCUUAAUGUCAACCUGCUAAAGAACAAAAGUAAAAAGGAGGAACAAGAAACUGCUAGAACUUGUAAAAGUAGUUGUAAAAAAACUUUUAUCAUAGCAUGUUGAUUAUUUGUUCGUAGAUUUAUUACUACAUAUUUUAUAGUUAUUUCCCUUACAUGAGUGUCUCUGACUGAUAUUGCCAUCAAUGUAACAAUUCACCGAAACCGCAA